CAGAAGAUCACCCGAGUGGGUCAGAGGCACUCGCUAUGCGUAGGCAAAUCCAUGUGCCCACAUGGAUGAUUGGAGAGGAAGUAGCAAAUUUGGGGAGAGAAAUAGGAAGAAGAUGAACAAUCACUGCAUCAACGACAAUCCAUACACCCAUGCCGUAUCUGGCGAAUAAUUAAAUCAUAUAGCUUACAGCCAAAUCAUUGGUCUCUGUUUCCCAUAGAACAAGAGAGAGAGAGUGAGCGAGCAAGAGGGUGAAUAAGGAGAAGAAGGAGCGAAGAUGAAGGAGGUGAGUGAUGGGUUUGUGAGGGCGGAUCAGAUUGAUCUGAAGAGCAUAGAUGAACAGCUGGAGAGGCAUCUGAACAAGGCAUUGACUUUGGAGAAGCACAAGACAAAAGAGGAAGAUGUUCCUGCGAUUACUAUCGGCGCUACUGCCAUUAAAAGUCUAAGUGGUGGCGGCGGAGCUACGUUCAAGAGGCAAAGACAGGAGUGGGAGAUUGACCCUUCGAAGCUAAUCAUCAAGAGUGUUAUAGCUCGCGGUACUUUCGGCACCGUUCAUCGUGGUAUCUAUGAUGGCCAAGAUGUCGCCGUUAAAAUGUUGGAUUGGGGUGAAGAAGGCCACAGGACAGAUGCUGAAAUUGCUUCAUUAAGAGCAGCGUUUACACAAGAAGUUGCUGUUUGGCAUAAACUUGACCAUCCUAAUGUCACUAAGUUUAUAGGUGCAACCACGGGGUUGUCAGAAUUACAGAUACAAACUGAAAAUGGUCUAAUCACCAUGCCAGGCAAUGCCUGUUGCGUUGUUGUGGAGUAUCUUCCUGGGGGUCUAAAAACUUUCCUGAUAAAAAACAGGAGAAAGAAAUUGCCAUUCAAGGUUGUCAUCCAGCUGGCGCUUGAUCUUGCUAGAGGGCUGAGUUAUCUUCACUCUGAAAAGAUUGUCCACAGAGAUGUAAAGACAGAGAACAUGCUGCUGGACAAGAAAGGUACGGUCAAAAUCGCUGAUUUUGGGGUUGCACGGGUUGAGGCUUCAAAUCCUAAUGACAUGACUGGGGAAACUGGUACUCUUGGAUAUAUGGCUCCAGAGGUUUUAAAUGGCAACCCCUAUAACAGGAAGUGUGAUGUGUACAGUUUUGGCAUCUGUUUGUGGGAGAUAUAUUGUUGUGACAUGCCGUAUCCAGACCUAAGUUUUGCAGAGGUUACUGCAGCUGUUGUUCGCCAGAACCUGAGACCUGACAUACCAAGAUGCUGCCCCAGUUCUCUAGCAAAUGUGAUGAAGAGAUGUUGGGAUGCCAACCCUGAUAAGCGACCUGAGAUGGAUGAGGUAGUUUCCAUGUUAGAGGCCAUUGACACAUCAAAAGGUGGAGGUAUGAUCCCUGUUGAUCAGCAACAAGGUUGUCUUUGCUUCCGCAAGUACAGAGGGCCAUAAAGCUUUCAUUCUUUGGUGCGAAACAGCGAUCGGGCCAUUAUGAUUUUUCAUUGUUCAAACAAUUAGUAUGUAUCUAUGGUGAGAGAAUACAUAAUUUAAAAACCAGAGCAGUAUACAGUGGACUGGGAGGGUAUAAUCGUUAUAGGAAGGAGAAACUGGUGACAUGUCAAUUCAUUGGAUGUGUAAGUCAUACCGCUUUUUCUUUCAUUCUCACAUAUGUUUGGGUUUUGUGGGUAUGGCCAUUAUUAAUUUCCGCUUGACAUUGUUGCUGUACUGGCCUUGUUAACACUCAUGGAAGAUCUGCAUCAUAGCGUUUCCAGCAUGAUUGCUGUGAUUAAAUUAAAGUCUGUCUGAUAAGUA